GUUGUUGUACAGAAAAGUCUGUUACACCAAAACAAUUGUCCAGUACAGCAGUACUACUGUCAUCACUUAUCUAGAGCUUUGUUUGCUGUAAACAGCUUCACAAAGAAACAAAACAGAUCAUACAAAGCAGGGUUAAUGGAUCAGAUAAGCACUAAUAAGAGUGAUCAAUGGCCCUCUUUCCAGGCCUCUACAGGUCUGUUCAUCAUGACAAAGAUUUCCUCUACUUAUAAGCUGGGUGGUUCUCACCUCUCCCCAACAGCAGCUGGUCAUGGCUGCAUUUCAUCAGUGCCUCCCUUGUCUUCUAGCCAGAGCUAGUUGGGCUAAUGGCUUACAUGUUAAGUACCAGCUGGCGAAGAGCAAUGGCUGGUGGUAGGAAGGAAGAAAUAGCUGUGUGGAGGACAGUUAGGAGGGGAUAGCAAUAUGUUCUAGCUUGUCCUUGGGUAGACACUUUCCCAUGUCAAACCACUGACAAGCAGAUUACAUGCCCAAUUCCCUCCCCCAGAGGUUGGAGCUACAAGGGGAUGGUCAUACAUAAUCUAAACGGACUUUCCUCCCAUAUUUAGUAUGGUGACAGAGGUGGAACUACUCUUGCAAACAUUUUGGGUGCUUUCCUGGGCUGGUCAGAAUUCAUGUAUUGAAUAUGGCUCGAGCUACGAGGUAAAGGGCAUCAAGUUAUCAGCAGAGGUCAAACCGUUUGUCCCCAAAUAUGCGGCAGUAACAGUGGCAUGGUCAGAACCCUCAGAAGCAUGUGUCUUUCCUAGAUACUAUGCUACAUGCUACCCAUAUGUUCAGGAGCCACCAGUGGAUAAACAACAGGUGUAUAGUCAAGAUGUGCCCUGGGAUACCACCACCUCUCUUUCCCAGUAUCCAUCUCAGAAUCUUACAGGAUAUAGUUCACUUGGGGAAUACACUAGUUCUCCUCAUUCACUUGAUGCCGCACCAAAUGUAUGUGCAGUUACCAACUUUCAGCACGAGAACAACAGCACUAAGUUCUACAGCUCUUCGAAACAGGACAAAGACUCUGCCAAGCAGACUUUUCUUCUCAGAAAAGAGGCUUCAAAUCCUCCCAGGAGGAGACCAAAAGAUCAUGAAUCCAAAUGGGAGAGUAAGAGACCUGAUGGGGGUGGAUUUUCUAGCAGAUCAACAGAGAGUUCAUCUUGUGCAGCUCUGCAUGCCAGAAAUCCUAUUAAAUCAGACAGGCCAAUUAAAGCAUUGAAUGGGAAGUUCAAGCAAAUUCCAAAUACUGAGUGUCUUCCAGAACCUGCCUUUGAAAUUGUCCUCUCAGAUUUCCCAAAAUUGCAAAGCCUGGGAAGUAGCGAUCUGCUGGAACUACAAAAACGUACAUGGGAGCCGUUGGGUUCAGCUGAAGGAGAUAAACUGCCUCUGAAACCUCCAGGAAAAUCUGCCAUUCCAGCUCUAGUAACCAAAGAGGGAGAAGUUUCUCAGAAAAAACAUUUCCCAGCAAGACCAUUAAGUUCUUCAUCUGAUCCCGGAGUUCCUCAGGUAUCUUUGGGUUUCUUCACUGAGACACCAAUGUCUUGGGCCACUGUGCUGUCGCAAACUCCUAAGAGAGUUGUUUCAACUCCAGCUACAGUUCUUGCCAGUAAUCAUUCUAGCAGUAAAGGAAAAGAUAUCUUUCCUGAAGCUCUUAAGUCAGGAACAAGAGAGAAUGCUAGUGACAAUGAACUUGAAGAAAUGGUAGACAAGAAGAAGAAACAGAAGAAGAAGAAAAAGGAAAUCAAACCAAGCAGUGAAGUGAAGAAGGUUCAAGAACCUCCAAGAAUUGAGGAUGUUGAAGAAUUUCCAAACUUAGCAGCUGCUGCUGACAAAAAAUACAAGCCUGCUCAAAAGCUAUGUUGUGCGACACCUAUUAUCAGGGAACAGGCUGAAGUAAUAAUAACAAGGGAGUCUGGGUUUGAGUCUCACAGCGGUCAUCCUCAAAACGAAUUGGUGACUCCCAAGCCAGAUCUACAGUUCGGAAGAAAAGCUGGCAAACAAGUUUCACCUACUCCAAUAGAAAAAAAGAAAAUGCAGGAACCAUCCAAGGCGAGUGGAAAGAAGAGCCAGAUUCCUGUGCAGCUUGAUUUGGGAGGAAUGGUGGCUGCUUUGGAACAAAAACAACAUACAGAAAAAUCAAAACAGUUAAAGCCCGUGGUGCUUUCAGUUGGUGGUGCAGUAACAUUGCUUUCAAAGGAAUCUAUGAUAGUAACAAAAAGUCCACAGUUAAACCAAGGAAAGACUCCACAUAACCCUUUGGACUCCAGUGCGCCUUUGGUCAAGAAGGGAAAGCAGAGGGAAGUGCCUAAAGCAAAGAAACCAACGUCACUCAAAAAGAUUAUUUUGAAAGAGAGAGAACAGCGGAAACAGCAACACCUUUUAGAACAGACGGCAAUACCAAAGGGUGGCGAUGCUGUCCAAGAGGGUGCAGCAUUUACGCCUGAGGAUCAAGUAUUUUCUGAAGACACCAAAACAGAAAGUGCGGAUGAAGCCCCUGCAAACGCUAUAAUUCCAACCCAAUGUAGCUCAGAAGUACACCUGGAAUGUACAGAGUUGAGUGGAUCCACAAAAAUCUCUCUUGUUCCAACACAGCUGAAUUCCAGUCUUCCCAAAAUCCAUAGCCGGAGAUUUAGAGAUUACUGUACGCAAGUACUUAGUAAAGAGGUUGACAGCUGCGUAACAGAUCUCUUGAAAGAGUUGGUUCGCUUCCAAGAUCGCCUGUAUCAGAAAGACCCAGUCAAGGCCAAGACGAAACGCAGACUUGUUAUGGGGCUCAGAGAAGUAUUGAAACACUUGAAACUGAAAAAGUUGAAAUGUGUCAUCAUUUCCCCAAACUGUGAAAAAAUUCAGUCAAAAGGUGGGUUGGAUGAGACUCUGCAUCUCAUCAUUGACUCUGCUUGUGAACAGAAUAUCCCAUUUGUGUUUGCUCUCAAUCGCAAAGCUCUAGGGCGCUGUGUGAACAAAACGGUGCCUGUCAGUGUCGUGGGAAUUUUUAGCUACGAUGGUGCUCAGGACUAUUUUCACAAAAUGGUGGAACUGACGAUGGAAGCCAGGGUGGCCUAUAAGGAAAUGAUUGCAGCUUUCGAGAAAGAGUCAGCUGAAGAAGAAAAUGAGAGUGACUUUGUACACUUAAAAACCCACGAUAGAGAGCGCAGUCAACUAGAUAUUGCUGAAGCACCCCUUCCAGAGUCUGAUGAGGAUGUCCCAAAUUACAUUAAAAUCUGGAAGCGAAAGCUUGAAGAGGAGUAUAACCCUUACAUGCUGGAGCUGGAAAAAUAGUCAACUUCUGAAAUGUUGACCUCAGUAAAUCAAGACUACCUUC